AUUUUCAUCUUUUCAUUUCUCUUUGUUGACAGUUAACUUUUUGGUGAUUCUAUUUGUUUAAUUUACUUAAUUCUUAGUGAAUUUAGUUAAUUACUUUUUCGAUCAAUUAGAGGUUCGAUUUGUGGGAAAAUGUCUAAUCCAAAAGCCUUGGAAAAAAAGGAAGAGGGUAACCGUUUCUUCAAAAUGGGCAAUUAUUCAAGUGCUGUCUCAUGUUACUCGCAGGCGAUUGAAUUGGAUAAAGAAAAUCAUCUUCUGUUUGGAAACAGAGCUCAGAGUUAUUUGAAUCUCAACAGACCUGAAGAAGCGAUUGAAGAUUGUGAUUGUGCUUUAAAAUUGGAUUCUAAUUAUGUCAAGGGUUACCUGAGGAGAGGAACAGCGUUUAAAUUGUUACAUGAAUAUGAAAAGGCAGCAGUUGAUUUUGAGAAAGUAAUUCAACUUGAACCGAACAAUAAACAAGCACCAAAAGAGCUCAAAGAGGUUCAGAGUAAAAUCCAUAGGAUAAGUCAUAUCAUCGAUGAUCUUGAUCCCGAUUCCAGAGUAAAUAUUGAUUUCGAUACAGAAUUUGAUUCAGCGACUUCAAAGACAAGUGACCUUAAGAUACGAUCAAAACCAAAACAAAUUCCAGUGUCAACAAGGGUCAUCAAUAGAAUACCUGUCAACAGUUUUGAAUUUUAUUGUGAUUGGCGAGAGCUUCAUGAUGAUUCAAGUAAAUUAACUUACAUUUCUAAUAUUGGAUCAGUUAAAUUGGGAAAAAUCUUCACCAAUUCGAUGGAACCUCAAAUUUUCUGUGAUAUUCUUAAGAUACUUACUUCAUGUGUUGAUAUUCCCUUUCGAUCAAGACUGUUGUAUGAACUGUCGAAAAUGAAAAGAUUCCAAACUCUGAUUCUUUUCCUUGAAGAUCAUGAAGAGAAAAUUUUGAAGAGCUUAAUUGUCGACAUGAAAUCUUACCUUGAUUCAGGUGAAAUGGAAUAUUUCAUGGAGAAAAUUGGACCCAAAUUCAUGUCAAUUGUUACCUAAAAACAUGACCUGAGAUUAUUAAGAUUAUUUUUAUUACAAAUUUUGUCUAGUUACAGAA